UUUCAAUUCGUCCCAACCAUGCCUUGCAGAUCAGCCAUAGCUUCAAUGUCCCUUGGUCGGGCCUGGGUGCACGACUUGGAGGGGAAACUACGAGAAGCCGCCAAGGCCGGCUUCGAGGGCAUCGAGAUUUUCUACGAAGACUUGGAAUAUCUAGCAAAGAAAGACGGAGCAGAGGUGACUCCGGAAUCGCUUGUCGCAGCAGCGGAACAUAUCCGAAGAGUGUGUGAUAGUCUCAGCUUGAUCAUCAUCGGCCUUCAGCCGUUUCUAUUCUAUGAAGGCCUAGUUGAUCGAGAGGAACAUGCGGCGAAAAUUGAGAAGCUCAAGACCUGGUUCAAGAUUGUCAAAGCCCUCGGCACCGACAUCAUACAGAUUCCGUCUAAUUUUCAGCAGGGCGGGAUUUCCGGCGACAUGGAUCUGAUCGUCCAGGAUAUGAGAGAGCUGGCAGACCUCGGCAUUAAAGAAGACAUCCCGGUGAGAUUUGCUUACGAGAACCUGGCCUGGGGAACCUAUGUCGAUACGUGGGAGACACUGUGGGAGGUAAUCUUACGGGUUGACCGUCCUAACUUUGGAUGUUGUCUGGACACAUUCAACAUUGCCGGCCGCGUCUGGGCCGAUCCCGCGAGUCCGUCUGGCAAAACUUCUAAUGCCGACGAAGACCUCAAGGCCUCCUUGGAGAAAAUCGUCAAGACGGUGUCCCUCGAUAAAGUCUUCUACGUCCAGGUCGUGGAUGCUGAGAGGAUGGAUCCUCCUCUCACGCAGGAUCAUCCAUUCCACGUCGAUGGUCAGCCCUCUAGGAUGAGCUGGAGUCGAAAUGCAAGAUUAUUCCUCUAUGAAGAGGAUAAAGGUGGUUAUCUUCCAGUUGUCGAGGUGGCCCGAGUUCUCUUGAAAGAACUGGGCUUUGAAGGGUGGGUAUCAAUGGAGCUUUUCUCCCGCACCAUGUCGGAUCCUGAUCCCAGUGUGCCUCACACGCACGCGCAGAGAGGGAUCAAGGCGUGGCAAAAAUUCGCACGAGAACUGAAUUUAUAGGUCAUUCGGAGCUUCCGGUUGAUCACAAUGCCCCCACAGAGGGUUCGCCUCUGGACUCAGGAUUGAAAAGAAUUCGGGGUCAAGCUCGCCGCCCAUAAAACCAAGGUUUUGCGCAAAGUCAGAUUGAUCAUCAGGCCUUCACAGAUCAGCACGAACAAGGCCAAACAGAUGGUGUGCCACUUACCUCCUCAUCGGCGCUAUCCACGACCCUUGAGUGAAGAUGGCAUCAAAAUCAUUGACAUCACUGAAUUGGUCUGCGCUGGGCACAUCAAGGUUUUCCAGCUCGCUACUAGCUCCCAUUUCUGCUGGUAAAGCCUGGUUCGUAGCGAGACCCCGAGGAUGGGUGGUCGCAGUUUGUACCUCUGGAAAAGAUUGAAAGAGAGAUCUCUGAUGGCGGUCGGCCUCGGCAGACGUAUCAUCGGGAAUUGGACGUGCAGCAUCCAUAGUCAAGGAAGCCGUUCCAAGCAACGGUGACAGCGUCCUCCCUGGAGCGCCUGGAUGAGAUUGUUCAAUCUCAGCAGCCUCAUGCGGCUGGUUCUCUUGGCCACAGUCGCCUGUUUGCCAAUAUUGAUGAAAGCUCUCCUUCAGCUCGAGAAGCCUCGCCAUGGCCGAACAUGCACUGCUGUCUGCCUCAGGGCAAACUAGAACGUGCAAACAGGUCCAAGCUUGAGAGGCAUAUCCCAGCAACAGCGGAGUCUGCAUGCCCGUGUCUCUUGAAAUGAUGCUGAGGAGAUCCACAGUAGAAGUUGCGCUUUGUUCUGCCAAUUCAACAAUAGAGUUUCGGGGGGUAGUGAUCUUCAUCAGCAAAGUGCACAUGACGAAAUUCCACAUCAGAUGUAAAUUCAAAAGAGAGGGAUUGGAGAAACCAGAGCUUGAGAUCUGAUGAUUUCCUGGCAGAUUUUCCUUCCAGGUCUGCAGAGCAGUGAUACCUUCAGCAAGCCUUGCUUCAUCCACAUUUGGAUCAUUGAUCUUUGCAAGGUGAUACAUAAGCUGAGUCAUGAAAUUCAGGAUACUAAGCGACCGCAGCGGGGUUCUCUUCCCAUCGGCGACAACAGCUGUACACUCCGAGGGCGGGAUCCAGUAUUCCCAUUCUUCCACUGAAUCUUCGUCCACCUUGGCGAGAUAUAUUUGGUCGCUUGGUGGAAAGUAGGAACCUUUUCGCAAAAGGGAAGAGAGAUAGUUGUCAAGCAUGAUGCACCCAAAUAAAGUGUGCAAGUAGCGCGGAGGACGAUAUUGGCACCCGAGAAGCAUUCUAAUCGCCGCACCGAUCGUCGUCCACGCAGCAUGGAGCUGACCCAAACCGAUUCUCAGGAGAGCAGUGAUUACUCUAGAUUGAACAUGGCCCAAUUCUGGUUGCUGUUCGUGUUCAUUGAGUUGUAGACAAAGACCGACCAGCACCUGCUCGUAAGUGAGGCGUACCUUGGACCUAAAGCGUCUUUGAGCAGUCACCAAGGCAGAUAUAGCCCAGAGACACGAUUUCAGAGCCUUGUCGCUGUUUGUAAGAACCGAAGGAGGAGUCUCCGAAUGGAGAAUGCGCAGGAUGUCUCGGCGUUCC